AAGCCGGCAGCAUGGAUCAGCUGGGAUGAAGAGCAGUGGGAGCGAGGGGAUCAGUCACUGUGAGGAAGCGACCGGACUGCAGGGACUCUUAGGAGCCAACACCUUUUCACAUUUUUGAGGAUCCCACCAUUAAACAGUCAGGAUGGCUCGGGAUAUGUCAGAUAAGGAAAUCCUGAAAAUGGAGCUGGACCAAUUGAAGAAGGAAGUUAACACACCCCGGACACCAGUGGCUGCAAACUGUGCGCUGACGGUCACUUUUGUCGAGCAAAUGGUGCCAAACGAUCCGCUGAUAAAGGGCGUUGCGGAUGACAAGAACCCGUACAAGGGAGACAAGGGAGGCUGCAUAGUAACAUAGCACACGGAGACGCAGGGAAUAGUUAAACAGUUUUAUAUGCGAUAUCCGGUUACAUCACUGUUUUUAAUCCCUGUAGAACUCUUGUGGGUAAAAUGUUUCGGUAGUGAGACAACUGAGAUCUGUAAAGGUUGUUGCUUCCCGGGAGAGAGACCCUUUUCCGUCACUGGAUUACUGUAUGUACCUGUUGAUAUGAAAACGUGUCUUUGCCACUUUGUAAUUAAAUGCAAAUAGCUGUUCAGAGCCUCGA